GGUCAUAGAACUGGAUCAUUUGUUGCUUAAAUUUGUAUCGCCCUGACCAGAAAAGAACGAAUGAACACCCAGGUGCAUCGUUCAGUGAACCGUUCAGUUUGGUUCACUCACCCAAUCAUUGUCCGAGUCGGCAAAAACAGUUUUGUGCCGAAAUAAAUAUAGUGCCUAAAUAACACAAAUUAAUACAUCAUCACAACAAAAGUAAUGUUAGCCAAUCUUCGGUUCGAAUAACCGAAUGCGCUUUUGACCAAACGGCGGCGGAACGCGAAACUCUUUCACACUCGAAUCGAUUUUUUUCCUGCGCUGCGCUUGCCAUUUUCACCAAGCGCCCAAGCAGCGAAAAGUAACCAACCCAAGCUAGAAAAUGUCGCGCCAUCCAAGCGACCGCAAAGUGUACGUCGGUGAUCUGGGUAACAAUGCACGAAAGAACGAUCUGGAAUAUGUGUUCGGUGCCUACGGCAGUCUGCGCAGCGUCUGGAUUGCCCGCAAUCCCCCAGGCUUCGCCUUUGUGGAAUUCGAGAGCGCCAGAGAUGCAGCGGAUGCGGUUCGAGGCUUGGACGGACGAACGCUUUGCGGACGCCGAGCUCGUGUCGAAUUAUCCACAGGCAAAUAUGCUCGAUCCGGUGGCGGUGGUGGUGGUGGAGGAGGAGGAGGCGGAGCCGGCGGUGGUGGUUUCGGUGGAGGAGGAGGACGUGACCGAGGCGGCGGUCGUAGCGAUGAUAAAUGCUAUGAGUGCGGCAUGCGCGGUCAUUUUGCGCGCCAUUGCCGCGAGCGGAAGGCCCGACAACGACGCAGAACCAACUCCUUGAGCAGAUCGCGUAGCACAUCGCGACGCCGUCGCACUCGCUCCAAAUCUGGUGGGACUCGAUCACGCAGCCGCUCCGUCGGUUCUGUCGGCCGGCGUUCGGGACGCUCGCGCGAGAAUGGACGCAAUGAGAACGGAUCGGUAUCACGUUAUAGUGACCAGGAGCGCAACGGGAGUGGAGCGGUGGACUCACCGCCACCAGUGAAGCGACGCUAUGAUGAGGACGAGGAUGACAGAGACAGGGGCACACGAUCACCGUCGCCGCCGCCGCGUCGCGGUUCACCGUUGCGACGUCGAGGCGAUUCCUCCGUAUCGCGUUCCAUGUCCAGGGAUUAGCGAUGAGCAGGGAUUCUGAUUUUGACCAUUAACCAUUAGGGCUCAACCAGCAGCUCCUUCAUUCCUGAAAUCGAAACACACCCAAAUUACAUCAAUAAAUAUGUUCGACAGGCAGUGUAAUUCUCAUAUUUAGUUGCCCCACAUUCUUAGCUUAGACUAUAAUCUAUUGGACUAGGGCGUUUCCCAGCUUUUCGCUGCCCCCUCCGCCUCCUCCUCCACCCCAUGCCCAUACACCUGGAUACGCCCAUGUCUAUAGACCCUAAUAUAAAUAAAUAUAAAUUCAUGCAUAACUUUUCUUUGUUUCCGCCGCACGAUUCCAAACUUUUUCGAACUGAGCUGAGCAGUUUAGUGUAUAAAUGCCAUGUAGAACAAAUUGCGUUUUGAGUUUUUUGUGUACACAUAGUAAAAAGACAGAGUAAAAACAAUAAUAACAAUAAAAACAACAAUAGAUCGAAUCGUAAUCAAUUUAGUAAGUCGAUCUAGUCAUUCAGCUGAUUAUGGAUUAUGUUUAUGUUUCUCCAAAACAACAAAAUUGAAUGAAAUAUUUUGCUUUUUUCAUAUACAUACAUAUUUACACCCACAAAUACAUACACAUCUAUAUAGACACACACAACACACACACAUAUAUAUAUAUCAGGCUAAGAAUGUUUUGUAUUCGAAAAAAAAAAUCAAGAAAAAAAUUAAUGAGGCAGCUUGAAGUUUUGUAGGGGAAGUAACAAAUUUUCAUUUAGACAACUGAAACUCUAUCCUCAUGUCAAUUUUUAUGAUGUAACUGAUUAUAUAACUGAACCUUUUAACCUUGAAUACAGAAUUCCCUCAAAAUGAUAUUUCACUUCAAGUUUGUAAGGUGUUUUUUUAAUAUUCAUAUAAAAUAAGCAAACUUAUUGCAAAUUCAGAUUUCUCAUACAUUACGUCAUAGUUAAGUAUUAUAAUAAUAAUGUAUGAAUUUUUUGAAAUGCGUAUUUGUAUGUACCAGAUGCGUUAAAAAACCUACAAUACAUAAUUAUUCAAUCAAUAAAUCAAAUGCCAAAAAAAA